CUCUCUCUCAUCCGCCGGGCUGAGACACCGGAGCAGCCAGCGAAAGAAACAGCGAGGAGGGGAAGAGGAAACGGAGCGACGGAGAUGGCGAGCAUCAACAUGGGGCCGAGACCGCUGCUGCUGCUACUGCCGGGGCUCGCGUGGCUCUUUCUGGCCGUCCUCGCGCCUAUUGUCCGCGGUCUAAACGGCGACGAGGACCAGAGCCAGGACACCGAGUGCAAGAUGAAGAGCGUCACCGUGUCGGCGCUGCCUUUUUUGAGGGAAAACGACCUGAGCAUCAUGCAUAGUCCGUCGGCCUCCGAGCCCAAGCUGCUGUUCUCCGUUAGGAACGAUUUUCCCGGAGACGUCGUGGUGGUGGACGACCUGGAAAACACCGAGCUCCCUUUCUUCGUCUUAGAGAUCUCUGGGAAUUCAGAGGACAUCCCUCUGGUGCGCUGGAGGCAGCAGUGGCUGGAGAAUGGCACUCUGCUCUUCCACAUCCACCACCAGGACGGCAGCCUGAACCUCCCGGAGCCGACCGAAGACCCGGCCAAUGAUUCUGCCAAGGAGGAGCUUCGCAUCCUGCACAUCUCUGUCAUGGGCGGGAUGAUCGCCCUUCUGCUGUCCAUCCUGUGUCUGGUCCUGAUCCUCUACACCCGCAGGCGCUGGUGUAAACGCCGGCGCAUCCCUCAGCCCCAGAAGAGCGCCAGUGCUGAGGCGGCUAAUGAGAUCCACUACAUCCCCUCAGUGCUGAUGGGAGGCCAGGCCCGGGAGAGCUUGAGGAACUCCCGAGGUCAGGGGCCGAACUCCAGUGGAACCCUCAGCAUCCGGGAGACACCGAUUUUGGAUGGUUACGAGUACGACAUUACCGACCUGCGUCACCAUCUGCAGCGGGAAUGUAUGAAUGGUGGCGAGGAGUUUGCCAGCCAAGUCACCCGUACCCUGGACUCCCUCCAGGGCUGUAAUGACAAGAAUAAUAUGGACCUCACACCUGUGAGUGACAACACCAAGCUGGCCCUAAUGAACAAAUACAAGGACAACAUCAUUGCCACGAGUCCCAUCGACAGCAACCACCAGCAGAACACCCUGCUACCACACAACACAUCCACCAGCCAACGCAAACGUCUCUCCAGCAACACCCGUGCGGGUUCAACUUUCUUGAACCCAGACGGCGACUCUGGAACGGAGGCAGACAGCGAGCCUCAGCUGGCCUUUUACACCGACCCAAACCGCAGUCGCCGGCGGAGUCGAGGUAUGAGAAAUGGUAACGCCAACAGCGCGUGGGGCUCAGGGGCAGGUUCCCCGCGGAGCCCCAUCAAUAAGACCACCCUGACUUUGAUCAGUGUCAUCAGCUGCGUGAUCGGCCUGGUUUACUCCUCUCACAUGUCCUGCAGCCUCUCAGUCCGGGUAAUCCUACAUGUGCCGGAGCACCUCAUCGCUGACGGAUCAAGGUUCAUUUUGCUGCAGGGGAGCCAGUUGGACGCCUCAGACUGGCUGAACCCGGCCCAGAUCUUGCUGUACUACCAGCAGAAUGCCAGCGGGCCCUGGGUCAGCGAGCUGUGUGGACGACGCCUCCUGGACCCUUGCGAGCACCAGUGUGACCUGGAGACAGGAGAAUGCCUCUGCCUCGACGGCUACAUGAAGGACCCAGUCCAUAAGCACCUCUGCAUCCGCAGCGAGUGGGGGCCCAAUCAGGGUCCCUGGCCUUACACCAUCUUCCAGCGCGGGUUUGAUCUUGUGAUGGGAGAGCAGCCCUCUGAUCGCAUAUUCAGAUUCACAUACACUUUAGGAGAAGGAAUGUGGCUGCCGUUAAGUAAAAGCUUUGUCAUCCCCCCUGCUGAGCUCGCCAUCAACCCCUCAGAGUGCAAGACAGACAUGACUGUCAUGGAGGACGCAGUGGACGUACGAGAGGAGUUGAUGAUCAGUUCAUCCUUUGACUCCCUGGAGGUCCUCCUGGACUCUUUCGGGCCCGUCAGAGACUGCACCAAAGACAACGGAGGCUGCAGCCGCAACUUCCGCUGCAUAUCUGACCGAAAGCUGGAUUCCUCCGGAUGUGUGUGCCCUCCGGGGUUGAGUCCUAUGAAGGAUGGGACCGGGUGCUACGACCACCACAUUGGCAUCGACUGCUCCGACGGCUUCAAUGGAGGAUGUGAGCAGCUGUGUCUGCAGCAGCUGGCUCCUCUAGAGGAUGACCCGACACUCUACAACAUCCAGAUGUUCUGCGGGUGCAUCGAGGACUACAAGCGUGGUCCAGAUGGGAGGUCAUGCCUGCCGCUGUCCGAGGCCUGCACCGAGGGGAUCGACUGCGGGGAGGCAGCAGACAUCCCCGCUAACCAGACUGUGUUCGGAGACCUGUUCUACGGAUACAACAACCACACCAAAGAGAGUGCCGCCGGACAGAUUCUCAAGGCCACGUUCAGGCAGAAGAACUUUGCCCGAGGCAUCGAGCAGCAGCUCCCAGAUGGCAUGGUAGUGGCAUCGGUGCCAACUGAGGUGCAGUGCCACGAGGAGCUGUCGGACCCCAUUCCCGACCCAGAAUACCUCACAGGUAUGGUGAACUACAGCGAGGUGUCUGGCUACCCCCUCGUUCAGCACUGGAGUCUUCGUUCUGUGCUGUACCACGUCAAACUCAAUCAGUGGGUCCUCUCUCAAGCUUUCAGCUCUGCCAUUCAUUCUCUGGACGGGGCGACGCAGCGGAGCGAUUUUGUCUCCAUCCUCAGGGAGUUUGGGAACCACUAUGUGCAGGAGGCGGUGUAUGGCUUCCAGGAGUCCUGUACCAUCUGGUACCCCAACAAACAGGUCCAGAGACAGCUGUGGCUGGAGUACCAGGACAUCAGCAAAGGUAACUCGCCUUCGGAGGAGUCGGAGGAGCGCGACAAGGAGCCGAGGACGCUGACCUACCCUGCGUACAUCGCCAGUCUGCUGGACACGGGUGCGAAGCGCAUGGCGGCAGGAGUUCGUAUGGACUGCAACAGUCAAGGCCAGUGCCCGCGCUCCUGUCACCUCUGCCACAUGAGCCCGAGGGUGGUGCAGGGGCGGCAGCAGUCCGAGCCCGUCCUGCUGCAGAUCACCAAGGCCGCGCCCAUCUACGAACUGGUGUCCAACAAUGAGACCUACCAGGCUCUUCAGGAGGCGAUGAUGAGCAUGCUGUGGUGUUCGGGGAAAGGUGAUGUAAUCGAUGACUGGUGUCGGUGUGAUUCCAGCGCUUUUGGCACAGACGGGCUGCCCACCUGCGCCCCACUUCCCCAACCUAUGCUGAAGCUGUCUUACACCUACGAGCCCAGCAGCUCAUUGGUCAUCAUGGAGUGGAACCACACGGAGCCGCCAAUCGGCGUGCGGAUCGUCGAUUACCUCAUUAGCCAGGAGAAGGUGACAGAGAGGACCGACCACUCCAAAGUUGAGACAGAAACCCUUUUGAGCUUUGUGGAUGACAUCCUGUCUGGGGCCAGGUCUCCAUGUGUGAUGCUAGGGGACAUCCCUAACCUCCUGUCCUCCUCCAUCAGUAUGAUCAUUCGCUGCCUGGAGCCUGACACCACAUACAUGUUCCGGCUGUGGGCAGUAGACAACACAGGCCGGCGUUCCAGUCCAAGUGAGGUCACCAUCAAAACUCCCUGUCCAACUGUGGAUGACGUCAAAGCACAAGAAAUAGCUGAUAAGAUCUACAACCUGUUCAAUGGUUACACCAGUGGGAAGGAGCAGCAGACGGCCUACAACACUCUGAUGGAUCUGGGCGCUCCCACACUCCACCGCGUGCUCUACCACUACAACCAGCGCUACGAGAGCUUUGGGGAAUUCACCUGGAGGUGUGAGGAUGAGCUGGGACCAAGGAAAGCAGGCCUCAUCCUCUCCCAGCUGGAUGAACUCUCCCCAUGGUGUAAGGGUCUUCUUCAGGAGCCCAAGAUUGGCCUCCGCAGGAUGUCCCUCAAGUUCCUGUCCUGCCGUUACACCGACACCAAGGCCUUUGGGCUGAACUGGUCGGACAUGGGCCAGGACGUCCACAAAGCCUGUGACGAGCAGACGCUCACUGUCAUGUAUAACGACUACGGUGAGCCCAAGGAGCUGUAAGAUUACUCAAAAGCUUUAGUUUGGAUGUGCACAGGAUAUGGGAAACUUGUCUGAUCCAACAAAGAAAGAAAUAAAAUGCAGGUUUCACAUUUGUUUCUUUAAGCUAUAUGCAUUUAUGCUGUCAUGAGCAAAUGAUAAACAUAAUUUGAAAAACCAUAAGUGUAAUAAAAGGUCUCAUCAUAGCGUUCAGGUGGGAGAUGAUCUCUGAUGCCUGAUCAUCAUCUAAUAGGCUGUAGCUUUGAUAAUCCAUACAUCUUGCUGAAGUCCAUUCCUCUCUUGCAAUGAUUAUAAAAAAAUAACGCAAACUUCAAAAUAAGAGCCUUCUUGUUAAUUCCUUAUUUUUUUCUUUCUGUAACACUACGUAAUAAUAAUACAUACUUUUUUUUCUAUACGUGAAAAAUCCUAUGGACCAAGGCAAGUAAAACUGAAGUAAAACUUUACUUCAUUAAUCACAGGGUUGGUGGUUUAAUCCCCAACUCCUGUCAACAUGUUCAAAGUGUCCUUGCAGAGGACACUGAACCCCAAACUGAGAUUUUGUGUCGAUUGAUAAAUGAAAGGCAAAUUGUAAAGCACUUUAGAUGAAAUAUAACUGUGGCCAUUUUCAGUGAAGCAGCUGCAGGGUACAAGACAAAAAUGUUAACUUACCACUAAGGCUUCAGGCUUUUGCUAUAGUAAAGGUGUGUGUUUACAUUUUUUCACAGUGAAAUAUUGUAAGACAGGGAUGGACUGACUUAAAAACCAUGGCAAACCCAAAUGAAUCAAAAUAAUGAUUUUUUGCCAUGCCAAGGUUAGGGCUGGAUAUCGGUACUCGGUGCCAAGUGGUAUCUUAACCUCUCCAGUCAAACAAUACCUGCAUUCUGUUCUUUUUGUGCCGGCCGUCUGAUCCGAACCAUCCCAACUCUCCGCCACAUCAGCCUUCUCUCUAUUUCAGCCAUCUCGUUAGCCGCUAUCCUUACGGUGAACUAUCUACCCUGUAAGCAUGAGCUACACAGCCGCACCAGCAGCUUUACAUCCAAUUCUAUGUUGGCAAACAGUCCCAACAAACUUCAAAACUGAACCAGCUUAACUCUGUUGUUAAACCUGAUGUUGAAAAGUUGCGUGGUGCUAAUGGUUAGUUUGAUCACUGUUUGUGCAGCCAUGCAGCCUCGACUUUCCCUGGUACAGUGCUCACACUCAGCAGCAGCAGCAGCCUCAGUUUCUUUGGUCACCAGACAUCUCAACCCAAAUUCAACAAAAUAUCAAUGUCUAACAACACUAGUAGUCAGCCAGGUUGUUUUAAGAGAAUAAAAAGAGGUGUUUUGACGGUAUACCCCAGUGCUGUAAUUCUCCAGUGCUGUAAAUCUCUCUCUCUCUCUCUCUC